AUGAAUAAUUAUUUGCUACGAUGCCGGAGUUUAUUUAAAACUGCUGUAAACAAAAUUGUUGUAAUCGGUAAUGAGAGCUGUGAUUUGGAUUCUGCAGUAUGUUCGAUUGCGAUGGCUUUCCACUUACAAUGCCAACCUAUCCUUUUGGGCACUUCGCAUACAAGAGAUACUGUCGUGUUUCCAGUACUGAACGUGAUCCGUGACGAGUUACCGUUGAAAACCGAAGUCACAUUUUACCUCAAAAAGGCAGGAAUCAAGCUCGAUGCCUUGAUCUGCACGGACGAGAUCGAUUGGGAAAAUGAAACAACUCUGAAUAUUGUCCUAGUGGAUCAUCAUGUAACGAAACUUAAGCAGAACGUAUUAGGCAUCUUCGAUCAUCGCCCAAUCGAUAGCAAUUCUCAACUUAACGUUAAUGCAUUCACUACAAUUGAGAUAGUUGGAUCAUGUGCGUCGUUAGUUGGCAGAGAAAUUUUAAACAAUGCGCUAUUAGAACCGUUGGAAGGGUAUUGCAUUGGCAUGGAACUCUUAUAUGGCGCUAUCGUGUUAGACACAGUGAAUUUUUCCAAGCAAGCAGAUAAAGCUAAACCUCUUGAUUAUGAAAUUGCAGAGAAAUUUGAAGAAAAACUAGGUAUUAAUAAAGAUAACCGAAAAAAAAUCAGAGAAGAAUUGUUCAAGUCGCUUGUCGCGGCUCGUAGCGAUGUUUCAGAGCUAAACGCAUAUCAGCUACUAUUGAAAGAUUUAAAGAUCGUUUCACAACAUGAUCAAAUAGUUUCUUUACCUGGCUUUCCAAUGGCUGUUCAGGACUAUAUUAAAAUUCCCGAUCAAAGUGAACAUUUUAAGAGAUUCACGAGCAAUACUCGGAGCAAUGUUGUGGUGUUACUCGGGAUGAAAGUUCUUCCAGAUGGCAGUGUUCGCCGAGAUAUAGGCGUCAUUCCAGUUGACAAUGAACCAUUGGCCGCAAGAAUCAUUACAGCGCUUCAAGAAUGUAAAGAGACGAACUUCGAACUAGAAAAAUUAAAUAGUAGCGAGUCGUGUGGUGGCACAUUUUUUCAACAACACAAUUUGAAGGCUUCAAGAAAACAGCUUAUCCCAGUUAUUAAAAAUGUGCUUAGUGGUGUGGAAAAAUGA